AUGUCAAAUUAAGAUGAGUUAAAAAGACUUAUGGAAGAAAAGAGAAAAUAAAAAGUCUCUUAGGUUGAAUUGCCUAAAAAUGCUCAAUUGGUGGAAGGAAAAAUACUCGUAUUGCUUUAUUAAUUAUCAUUUAAGUGUGUUGAAUGUGAAUAAAUUAAUGAGACUCUUGCAGAUUUCAAGAGACAUCUGAUUGGAUAAAGACAUAAAGAUGCUUUGUAAGUAUUGAAAAGAAAUGCUUAAAUAGAUGUAAAUAGAUUAGAGAAUGAAGCAUUUCGAGAAGAGAAAAUGAAAAAAUAAAAAUUAACUAAACAAUAAAUUGAUCGAAUAAAUAAGGAAGUUGAUUAAGAAUUUGCUGAGAUUGAGUAAAUCACUUACGAGAAGAAGAAUUAAAAUGAAUUGCCUGAAGAUUUCUUUGAGUACAUAUUCAAUUUUAUAAUAUUAGUUAAAUUGAAGUAGAAACAAAAAUACAAUAGUAAUUGUAGGAAGAGUAAUUAAAGAAAAUUAAAGAAUAAAAGGAAGUAGUGGAUGAAGAUAUUGAUAUUUUGAAUGAGAAGUAAGACAUUCAAAAAAGAAGAGAAAGGAUUUUAAAGAAUAGAAGUUUGAAAUAAAAGAAGGUUGAACUUGAAUUUAAUGAGGAAGGACCAUUAGAAACAGAUUUUUAAUUAAAUUGGAAAUAAAAAGGUAAUAAUUGA